GUCCGGCCCACGCGUGACCUCCGCGUGUCCCCGUGAAUCUGCCCGGCACAUCUCUGCCCCCGUGUGUCUGUGUCUCCCGUGUGUCUAUGUCCCUAUGCGACUGCGUCCCCUAUGUUCCCCCACGUGCCCCCCAUGGGUCAGCGUACCCCGUGUUCCCCGUGUCACCCUUUUCCCCCAUAUGUAAGUGUCCCUCGUGUUCCUUCGUGUCCCACGUGUGUCACCCAUCUCCUCCAUAUGCCUGUGUGCCUCCUGUCCCCCCCUUGUGUCUCUCUCUGUCCCAUUGUGCGCUUGUGGUCCUCAUGUCCUCCCCACCCGUGACGCCUCCACGUCCCCUCGUGCCCCCAUGUGUACGUGUCCCCCCGUGUCCUACGUGCAGCCGUGACCCCACGUCCCCUUGUGCACCUGUGGUCCCACCGUCCCCCGUGUCUCUGUGUCCCCAUUGUACCCAUGCCAUCCUCCCGUCCCCGCCGUCCUCAGGCCCCGCCCGGCCGCCCGAGCCCCCCCGUCCCCUCCUCUCCCCUCCCCGCGGUGCCCCGCUCCGGCCCCCGGCCCGCCCCGUCGGCGCUGACUGAAGGCGGCACCUGCGGCGGUCACACGGCCCCGGGGCGAGCGGAGCGCGCCCACAGUAGGAGCAUGGAGCCCCCAGCAACCAGUGGAGCCCCCGCCUUGGGUGACCUCGCACAGACAUCAACAGGGCCCACAGAGGGGACAGUUAUGAGGGACAGUGGGGAAACUGCAGCACAGGAGGGGCAGGGGGAGGCUGGGGGGGCUGCAGGAGGGACUGAGGAGGAGGCUGCAGGGGAUGUGGGGAGUGAGGGCAAGGGGGAGGCAGCAGAGAAUGCUGGGAGCGAGGCCAAGGUAGAAGCAGCAAAAGACUGUGGGAGUGAGGCUAAGGGGGAGGCAGCAGGGGAUGCUGGGAGCGAGGCUGACGUAGCAGGAGAUGCUGGGAGUAAGCUUAAGGGGGGAGCUCUAGACAAUACUGGGAGCAAGGGUAAGGAGGAGGCUGCAAAGGAUUCUGGGAGGGAGGCUAAGGGGGAGGCUAUAGAGGAUGCUGGGAGUGAGGCUAAGGAGAAAGCUGCAAAGGAUUCUGAGAGUGAGGCCAAGGUAGAGGCAGCAGAGGAUGCAGGGAGCGAGGCUAAGGAGGGAGCUGCAAAGGAUGCUGGGAGUGAGGCCAAGGUAGAGGCAGCAGAGGAUGCAGGGAGCGAGGCUAAGGAGGGAGCUGCAAAGGAUGCUGGGAGUGAGGCUACAGGGGAAGCUGCAAAGGUUUCUGGGAGUGAGGCCAAGGCACCAGGGGAUGCUGGGAGUGAAGCUGAGGUUUCAGGGGAUGCUGGGAAGGAGCCCGCAGCAGGGCAGGCUGCUGAGUGCGAGGCCAAGGGGCAGACCAGAGGCAGUGCGGUGCCACAGGAGGAGGCUGAGCCGGGGCCCAGGCCGGUGGCAGCGGGCAACACCCAGGGCCAGCAGGAACCCACCUGGCUGCAGGACGAGGACGAUGAGCUGUGGCCUGAGUUCCCACCCUGCUCACCCACAGAGGGGGCCACCAGCCCCACCACCCCCCUCUCCCCUACGUCCCCCGUGUCUCCCACAUUCCCCAUGUCUCCCACACCUCCCUCAUCCCCUGUGUCCCCCACAUCCCCCACAGGUAAGGGCCACACUCAGCACAGGGAUCCCCUUCCGGGGCAGGGGAGGCAGGAGGGGGGGACUGGGAUGAGGAAUGGAGAUGGGGUGGGUCCUCUCCCAGGGUUCCUUACAGAUCCCCAUACACUCUGUAGAGUCCCUGUGGCCCCACUCCCAGCUGCACCAUUUGGGAUCCCCUGCAGUGCCCCCAGGCACUACGGCUGCCCCAGGUGCCUGCAGGGGGUGGCUCCAUGCCGGCUGCCCUCUCUUGUCCUACUAACUCCUCUGCUCUCCCCUGCAGCUGGUGGCACUGAGGGCUCAGGUGGCAGUGAGAGGGGUGCAUCUGCAGUGGGGCCUCGGGGCCGGGUGCCCCCCAGGGUGGCAGCUGUGGGGCGGCCACGGGUGAGCAGCCGGGCACAGGGACGCAGCGCCAUCCUGGAGAAGUUCGGGGGGGCAGCCACAGGCCCAGCCCCACACCUGAAACGUGCGGGGGCUACGGGCUCAGUGAAGGCCAUGCUGCUGGAGUGGUGCCGUGCCAGGACACGUGGCUACCAGCACGUGGACAUCCAGAACUUCUCAGGGAGCUGGGGCAACGGCCUGGCCUUCUGCGCCCUCAUCCACAGCUUCUUCCCCGAUGCCUUUGACUACGGCAGCCUGGAGCCCCAUGACCGCCAGCGUAACUUCACCCUGGCUUUCACCACCGCAGAGGAGCGUGUCGACUGUGCCCAGCUGCUGGAGGUGGAGGACAUGCUGCGGCUGGCAGUGCCGGACGCCAAGUGCAUCUACACCUAUGUGCAGGAGCUGUACCGCAGCCUGGUGGCCAAGGGGCUAGUGAAGACCAAGAAGCGCUGAGGCCCCCCUGGCCCCAUUCCCCACUUUGUUCCCCACC